CACAACGAUGCCCCACAGAGGAGCUGUGAAUCCUGUGCUGAAGUUCUAGACUCCAGCCACUGGGUCCUGGUGAAACCUGAAGUCUCCAGAGGAGAGUGUCUCCACCUACAGCCUGAGUUCUCCUGCAGGGCGCUAUGAGUGCUCAGUGUCUGGUCUGCGCUGGACGUGUGCUGGUCCAGUCACCCUGCAGUACCGCUUCGUGAACUGGCAUGUCUUUGCUGAAGAGCUGGCCCACAUGCAGUUAGGACCUGCUGGCCCUCUGAUGGACAUCAAGCUCAGGCCAGGAGAGCUGGAGGAUAUCCAUUUGCCACAUUUCCUCUGUUUGGGGGGUUCAGAGGCAUCUGUGCGUGAUGCUGUGAGGGUCCUGCAUGGGCGGGAGAGUGGAGUGUGUGUGGAGGUGUGUGAGCUGACCAGACACCAUGCCAGGCUUGUCCACCCCUCCUUCUCUCUGUUUGGGGUGGUGUAUUCCCUGAGGGAUCUGAUUUCUCCAAAAGUCCACUGUGAGCUGCUGCUCUUCUGCACCUGCACCGCUCCCCUGGUUCUCCACACCUACCUGGUGCCAAACGACCCAGCUCACAUCCGGGCCAUCCACCAGAAGGAGGAGAGGAGGGGGGUGUGGGUCGACAAACCAGGCGCUGUGGGCCCGCUCUGGCUGAAGGACAGUGUUGCUGUGAGGACAUUAUGUUUGUCCGAGAUCCUCCCUGAGAAGAUGAACCUGUGGCCGCUCUCCACUCGUAACUUCUGUGAGGUGUACAUGAAGCAGCCAGAGGAGGAGUUUGAUAUGGAGGUCAUCAGCUCUCAGCACACAGAGCCCAUCUGGAGAUCCAAGAUCCGCAGACGUGACUACUGCCAGCCCAGCAGGAGCACAGCACAGGGCAGCAGCCAGGAGACUGACACAGAUCAGACCAGUGGUCAGACUGUGGUGUCUCCUUCAGUGGCUCAUAACCAGGUCCAGAGAGACGUUAACAUCACAACUCAUAUUCACGGUGUUCCCACCCCCCUUCACUUUGGAAAGUGGAACCUUUAUGGUGGCUGUAGUGUUAGUUGAUUCUAUUUUAGUUAUUAAACUUGACAGAGGAGUUAUUCUAUCAUCUGUGUCAUUUAAAAUCUCAAUAGUGAGCGCAAAGCAACAACACAAAAACACAAAAAGAAUUUGUAUUUACUGUACCCCUUAUGGUGGCUGUAGUGUGCUCUAAAUCUUUAUAUCUCUGGUUUAAUGGCACGAUGACAUUCUACAUCGUCCUCCUGUCUUCACUGUGUUCUUCUCCUUUGCCUCUGGGUAGCUGGGAUAUUUCCACAUGACAUAA